ACAGAGUGCUCUACUUCCCCUUUAGCCGCGAAAAUUAUAUGAGUACCAGGUACUAUUACCUCCAAACCCCUUUGAAAAUGACUUACCUGAUGAACCUACCCAACGAGGUUCUCAUUACGAUCCUUGAGCUUCUCGCAACCGCCGACCUCCAAUCGCUCAUCCUUUUGCAACUCACAAAUAGACGGCUUCGGGUACUAGUUAGAGAUGUCAUAUAUAAUAUUCAGAAAGUUUCGUCCGCCAGCCGUAGUUCUCAAUACGGAAUACAUCCCUUUUUGAAAACCAAAUUCAAGGGUUUGUUUAAUACCGCAGAUUGCUUCACGGCGAUGGAAAGGAGCAGGCGAGCAUAUCUUAGUCUCGAAGGCGAUUAUACUCUUCCAUUCCGCAGGCUUCCAUGGGCACAAGAUGAAGAACAACUCCAGGCGCAUCUCCGCCCAGAAGCGAGCUGGCGCGACAUUAGUCUCACUUUUGGACGAGCUCCUAUUACGCACCUAGAUAUAGUCAAAAGCUUUUCAGCUCCGGAGGGCGAUUCUGUCGACUACUAUCAACUGGAAAUGCCACCAUCAGGUAUGACAAUGGGCCUAUUCUACGACGUUCUUCUGUGCGACACAGCCACGUACCGCCGCGAGACAGGAAGCUGGGAACUGAUCGUCGGGACACGAUUACGCAGCUACGACGUACUAUCCGAAUAUGAAUGUUUUAUUCCCGGUGAUCGGGUUCUGGUAGAUCAAAGCAAGGAAGCACGGCAGGCAGCCGUGCUAUAUGUACGAGGCGCCCCCGUCAGCCGCAAUAUCGCUAGCGAGACCGAGGAGAAUAAUUGGAUCUCCAGCAGUCAGAAUAAGCAACGGCUACUACCGUGGCAGGGGCCGGUCCAGAACUUUAUAUUUACAGGGUAUUACGAUUAUUAAGACCCGUAGAAUUAGGACGAACGCAUGUCCCCAAGUUGGACUCCUCCUUUAAUACAUAGUACAUUGGUCGUACACAUAUCCUAAAGAACCUAGGACAGGGAGAGUAUAUGCCUGGCUUACUAUUAUAGUAGAACGGCAACGCCCGGGGAUCCCGCAACUUAGCGCCAUCUAGAGCUAGAAUGACAUAGAUAUCACAUACCUAUCAACUUGGCAUUAUGUUUCAAGAUAGGAC